AUGACGUCGAUGGAACCCCAAGCGCUCAUAAACCGAUUACCGGAUGCGAUCCAACAAUUCAAAGUGAAUCCAGAGUCAAGGUUGGCGCCGGCGUGGACGUGACGUGGUCGCGCGCAAAGUGGCUUGGCGGGCAGGAAGCAGCGAGGAUGACACGGAUUGGCGCUGGGUCGAUAAAGUCGCGCUGGAUGAUAAGGGGCAAUGUUGACUGAUCCAUCGGACCUCUGCUUCUCGUGUAGCAGGAACGACUCUCGAUGCUGCGUCCGCCGCAAGAGGUGAGCCCGAUCGACGCGCCUCGUCGAGUGAAUCGACUCAUUCUACGUUAGCCGUAAACUGAUCGGCCGUCAUCUGAUUUCAAUCCUGCACAGUUCUUUGACAUCUCGCGAGUGAAUCGACCGGCGGAUAUGGGCGUCGCGUCGCAGAGGAUCUCGUACAACACCAAACACUUUUCGUACGUUGUGGGAACUGGGGGACAGCGUCGUUCGGAGAUUGAGAAGCUUCACUUCGGGCGGCUGACCUACUUCUGGACUUUCCCACUUCUAGGGGCAACUACAUCGUCCUGAUCCUCUUGUUGGCCAUCUACUCGCUCUUGACCAACCCGUUGCUCUUGAUCGCCAUCGGGUUCCUCGCCGGAGUAAGGCUUUCUUCUCCAGAUCAACUCCGGGGCCAAUGAUACAGAUCUGAUGAAUCUUUUUCUGCUGUCCAGGGCUUCAUUGGCAUCACACGAUUCAUUACCGAACCCGUCGAGAUCGCGGGGACGGUCAUCACCCCGAAAACGUGCUACAGUCAGUCUUCCCCCUUCGGCAGGCCCAGUUUCAUGGCUAUGCACUCGAUAUGUUGCGCUGCGGUACUGACUUGCUCGUUUCUUUGUUCCGCAUCACCAAUAGCUGCUCUUUUGAUCAUUGGCAUUCCUAUCGUACGUCACCCAGAAGCCAACCCCGUACCUGCCCAGUUUCCAGAUCAGAAACUGAUGUCCUUUUUCCACCUUUUUCUCGAAACAGCUCUGGAUCGCCGCCCCGAUCGCUACAGCAAGUCCAUUCACAUGUCACCCCCCAAUCAUCAAGAAAGAAAUUAUAGUCUGACCUCACAUAUACGUCCCUACAGUUCUUCUGGCUCGUCGGUUCGAGUUCGGUCUUGAUCCUCGCCCACGCCGCGAUCAUGGAACCGGGCGUCGAGAGUGAGUAUGGGUCGGUGCAGACCGUGUAG